AUGCCUGCACGGAGUCAACCAUUCCGCAGGCUGUGCUGUGGUGGAGGAAUAACAAAUAGCGGAGAAGCACUCGUGGCCACGGUGUCGCCGCCGUGCACGGGCGACGUUGAUCGGCCAUCGUCGGCUCUGCUUUCCCCGCUUUCAUUGGUGGAGAUCGGGACAACACAAUCAACUUGGGGAGAUAAACUUCUCUUUCCUACGAUUGUCGUACUCUGCGGGCGGGAUUCUAUGGAUGUGUUUGAUGCAACUGCGGCGUCGUCCGUGGCGUGGACGACUCCUCAGUCGCUUGAGAAAAAGCACCGUGGCGCCAGUACCAAGUCGCUCGACGACGCUCAUCUUCGGGAUCGCCAAUCCUACCAUACCAGGGUCCGGCUCCCGGCAACCCCUUCGGGACACGUUGAGAUGGGUGGUGCAUCAUCCUCGCUGGUGCUGGUGCAGGAUGGCUCUCAGCUUCUCGACUUCCCGACUGCCCACGCCUGGUCAUGCAAAUCCGGUGGAAACUUCAUCCCUUCCGUUGACGCCUCCCAAAGGCUCAAGCGCUCAAGACUGAAGACCCAACAAGAACAUGAAUCCAUUCAAGUCAAGGACCGCACGAGGGACACGGCGAGGAUCGGGAUCAGAGGAAGAGUCUUGGUAACAUGCGAUGUGACAGUCAGGCGAUCGAUUGAUCGAAAGCGCAUGCACAAAGCACAAAACUCGAAGCUUAGCACAAGCUACGAGUGA